GCAAACAAUCGACUGAGGAGAAAGGGGGUAUGGGAUGUGCUGUGCUGCCUUCUGACGUCACCGACUCCUCUGCACUCGGAACUGCCAGCCAGUCAGCGUUAGGGAUGCUCUGAGGAAAGACUGCAGCAUCUCCACCGAGAGAGGACAAAAAAAAAUCGCAUCUCUCUUCUUCUUCUUCUUCUUCUUCUCCAGCAGCUUUGUUUCCGUCCACAGCUUCUCCCCUCCGGACCCUUACCACCGACAACCCGACCCCCCUCACCACCACCGCGCACCUUCGGGUGUUUACAUGACCGCGUUGAGCCCAUAAGGAUCAAAAGAACGACAAAAAAGCAGUUUUUUAUUCUGCCGUCCUUUUUUCUUCCUUUUACACCCGAAUUGAUUCCUGCCUCCUUUUUUUGUUGUCCCGGUUGUGCGUGUGUUUUAUUUAUCGCUUAAUUCCCCGCGCCCGUCGCUGCACCGAGGACCACGGAGGAGCGCCAUCAUCCCGCACACACUGCCUGACAUGUGUACGCGCUUUUAUGUUGCCGCGGAAUGACAUAUCCUACACCACGUAUCACGGGGUUGAUGGCCGACUGACGCAGCAUUUGUACGUCAAGUAGAGUUUAGACUUAUUUACGGAGAGGCGAAAGAAAAAAAAAAAGGCUUCGAGGAUCUGUUUUUUUUUGGAGCAAACAUCCGCCCGCUCCUGCAUCGCCUCACGGGCUAAACACACGCGUCCUGCAUACUGCCUAGCAUCUCCUCGCGUCGGCGACACAGCAACGCACCGCGACACCGACCACGGUCGCGUUUCUUUUUUGAAUUCCCUAAAUCGCCUUUUCGUCCUCUGAGGAAGACUCCCCGUGCGGAAGGCUACGUCGCGUUGCGUUACUAGGGGGGAUUUAAACGCAACAGUCGCAUCCUUAAAACCAAGCUUACAAAAUGAUGGCCGGCGGAGCAGUACAACAAAACGGGAUUUUCUCAAAUCCUCACCACCACAAUCAACAACCGCACAUGGAGUCCGACCCUCCGGAUUCCCGUAAGAGACCGCUCGAGACCCCCACGGAGGCGAGCAGCACUAAGCGCACCAACACAGGAGUGGCCUACCUGCAGCCCCUUUUUGAAACUGAAGCCAUUGUAUUCCCUCACCAAGAAACUGAAACUCAUG